AAUGGGACACAAGGGAGCCUGCACAAAGUUUACUUAGAGCCAACGAAGGAUCACUAAACACAACGACUUACAAGGCAGCGUAGCCAUGUGGCAUCUUGGUGGGCAUGAGCGGACUAAGAAUGGUGCUCCCUGUCCUACCUUGUACAUACAAACAUAUAAAGGCUUCUCUGUGUAGCAUCAACCUUGAUUCACCAAGCUGGGUACCUGAGCCUUGAAUAUUAAGUCAAUAUCAAGUCCCACCACUGUCCAUGACAUCACCACCAAUCGCUUCACCCCCGUUCAAUCAUGACGAACCCCAACAAGACCCAACAAGCUCUCCACACUGACACGACACGAGACAUGAACUCCGGCCGGGGCUCGACCUCGGAUUCGAAGCCGUCGUCCUCGCCGUCCGCCCUGCCCGGCGGCGAAUCCGGCUACGAGCCGUGGUAUCCCAGCAACGUGCCCGCCGACGCGUCCGUCAAGCGCUUCGUCACCCGCUUCUUCGAGGUCUCGGACGACCCGGGCAGGAACGAGGAGUGGGUGAGCAUGUUCGCCGACGACGCGACGGUUACGAUCGGGAGCGACGUCGCGAAGGGGAAGGACGGUGAGUUUCCAGGUUAUUUUACGCCUAUCAGCAAGCAAGCAAGAAGAGGAUUUACAGUUGGACUGAUGAACACGUUCUUGGAAUUGUUGCUGGGCGUCUCAGAAAUCCGCCAGUUGAGGAACCGCAUGUGGAAGACGGUUGAGGCGCGCAAGCACCGGGUGGUCAAGGUGUUUCCGGGCUGGUUCUCGGCCGACCGCACCGCCGUCGCGCCGCUGCACGAGGUCGAGUUCAUGCUCUUCGGCGCGGUCGCGUACAGGAUGAGAGACGGCGAGGAGGCGGUGGCGAGCUGGGCUGGGCACGCGCAGCUGCGGAGGGACGGGUUGAGCGCGCCAUGGAAGUUUGUCUUUUACAGGGUGUAUAUACAACGGUAGCGUGCUACAGGGGCUAGGGGGUGACAAAAUGGUCACCACUUGGGUUUUGCUACGAUAAAAAAAAAAGGAAAAAAAAAGGAAAAAAAAGAAGAAAAG